AUGUCUCUCAUUUGGUUGAUCCUGUCGUUCUCAGCCCAUCUGGCUGAAUGUGUGCCAGAGAAGCCGAAGCGAUCGGCUCUGAACCAGCUGACCAGAACCCUCCUGAGGAAAUACGACUGCGGAGUCCGACCGGUUCACAACUGGACCAGUACCACCACCGUCUACAUCGACCUGAUCCUGCAGUCUGUCCUGGAUGUGGAUGGAAAGACUCAAAGCAUCACCACCAGUAUUUGGUACAGACAGGUCUGGACGGAUGAGUUCCUGGUUUGGGACCCGGACGAGUUCGACGGAAUCAACGAGAUCUCGCUGUCGUCGGACGCCAUCUGGAUUCCUGACGUUAUCGUGAGCGAAUUCGUGGAAGAAGGAAAAUCCCCCCCGAUCCCUUACGUUUACGUCAACUCGUCCGGCUCGGUGAAGAACUACCGGCCCAUCCAGGCGGUGCUGGCCUGCAGCCUGGAGAUGUACGCCUUCCCGUUCGACAAGCAGAACUGCAGCCUCACCUUCCGCAGCUGGCUUCAUUCGGUGAAAGAAAUCGACCUGGCUCUGUGGAGGAGCGCCGAGGCCAUCGCCAGCGAUAAGAGGGAGUUCAUGAACGACGGAGAAUGGGAGCUGCUGUCGAUUCCUUCUCAGUACUGGCAGAUCCGGCAGGACGACACCGACUACGCCCACAUCCAGUUCAACGUGUUGAUCCGCCGGCGCCCCCUGCUGUAUGUGGUGGGUCUCCUCAUCCCCAGCAUCUUCCUCAUGCUGGUGGAUGUGAUCAGCUUCUACCUGCCUCUGAACAGCGGCACGCGCAUCGCCUUCAAGAUCAGCAUCCUGCUGGGCUACACCGUCUUCAGAGUCAACCUGACGGACGAGCUUCCUGUCACCGCCGUCAGGACUCCGCUCAUCGGCGUGUUCUUCGCCGUGUGCAUGGCCCUGCUGAUGCUCAGCCUGACCAAGUCCAUACUAGUGGUGAAGCUGCUCCACCACAGCGAGAAGGAGGUCAAGCAGAUGUCAGUGUCGGCCUGCCUGCUGGACAAGUACGGCUCAGCUGGCCACGGCUUCACCGAGAGCGUCUUAACCUCCAUCAAAACCCUCGACCACAUCCACCCGUCUGCAGAUUACGAGCUCGAACACUCACCGGAGGAGGAUCUGCUGUCCCUGAACGAGCUCCAGGACGCUCCCUCUGGACUGGAGUGGCUCCUCGGAGAGCUGGCUUCCCUCCGCCAGGCUUUGUCCCAGGAAGACGGCGAGUCUGCGGCUCAGGCUGAGUGGCUGGCCCUCUGCUCCAAGCUCGACCGCCUGCUGUUCCGCCUUUACCUGCUGGUGCUGGCCGUGUACGCUGGUACCCUGCUGCUGCUCUGGGCCAGCUGGAGCUUCAACUGA